CGGUAAAAUGAGCGGGAGGAGGAGCGGUAGAAGAAGCGGGAGGAGGAGCGGGAGGGGAAACGGGGAGGGGGUUAGCGAAUGCGCGGGAGGUGGAGGAGCGGAAGGAGGUAUUGGUGGAGGAGGAGAAGCGGGUGGAGCGGGAGGAGCAGCGGGAGAAGGAGUGGGGGGAGGAAUGGGGGAAAGAGCAGGAGAAGCAGCGGGAGAAGGAGGAGGAGCAGGAGGAGCGGGAGGAGCAGCAGGAGGGAGAGCAGGAGAAGGAGAGGGAGGACGGAGGAGAAGAGAGAGAAGGAGCAGGACCUGGGCUAUGGCGGGAUCUUUGUCACAUUGUUUGGCGGAGGAGUGGGAGGAGGAGAAGUGGGGGGAGCGGGAGAAAGAGUGGGAGAAGGAGCGGGAGAAGGAGCAAUAGAAGGAGCGGCAAAAGGAGCGGGAAGGGAAACGGGAAGGGGCGGAGAAGGCACAGGAGGAGGAGCGGGAGGAGGAGCGGCAAAGGAAACGGGGAGGGGGUUAGGAGCGGGAGGAGCACGAAGGGAAAUGGGAAGGGGCAUAGGAGGCCCCUGAGGAGGAGAGAGAGAAGGAAAUGGUUGAAAGCGGGGGAGGGGUGGACAUUGAUUGAUUGAUUAAUUGAUUGAUUGAGUGAUUGAUUGAUUGAUUGAUCGAUCAAAAAAAAAAAAAAUUGCCCCGUUCUCCGUUUUUGUUUUUGUUUUUGUUUUUCAAUCAAUCAAUCAAUUAACCAUGU